AUGCAGUUUCCCCCUGAUAAGUCAAACGGCUUCCAGCCUCUUCGGACUGUAACAUAUCGCACAAUAUCCAUAAGCCAGGACGAACCCGCGUACCCCACCGAGGACAUCUCCGUCAUGCGGGAGACAACCAAGAGACUUUUUUCAAAACUUCAGGAAGCGGAGAAGAGGCAUCAGUCGGACCGCGCGGCCUACGAGACGUCCAUCUCGCACUACCGGAGGGAGGCGGAACACUCCGGCAUCGCUCUCCGGAAUGCCGAAACGGAGCUGGAAAUGAAGGACCUUAAAUUGGAAGAAUUGCAGCGACUCCUCUCUGGCAUGGAGAAGCUGCAGAACUCAAAGACGGUCAUCCAGUCCAAGGACGCCGUCAUUCACGAGCUCAAGGAGCGGGUGGCCUACCUGGAGGCCGAGAACCUGGAAAUGCACGACCGCAUGGAGCACCUGAUCGAAAAGCAGGCCAACCCCGGCUCCUUCCACGCCCGCACCCGGUCCAAAUCGGAGACGGUCAGCGGCAAAAGGUUCACCAAGCCGUUGGGACCGAAACCUUUGCCCCUGAUCCGAGUCUUGGAAACAUGAGCAGGGGAUUGGCGACUCCGUCUGGGGAGAAAGACCUGCUGGAUGUGGGCUGCCGCCUCUCGUUGAUCGCUUCGUUUCCCCCCAAGUUCCUCGCCCCCUCCUGUGCCAAGGGAGGGUGUUGGCACGAACUGGAAGGCCUCCCCAGGCCCUAAAAGCCGGGAAUUUUAAUCGGGUCGAGGAGGAGGAG